UAUUACAUUUAUCCGAAUUCGUAAUAUCCCUAAAGACUCCUUCUCACGAUCUUUCUUCUAGUAUGAUGGAUUCAGCGUCAAACGGAAACGAGCGAAAUUGAGGAAAUAUGCCCUCUCCAAGAAUUUGCCACCUGUACCUACCUUGGUAAAAUAGAUCCUCCCUUCCUUCCUACUUCAUUGCAUUUAUAUUGCCGCCACUUUUUACUCCUUUAUAUAUGCCCUUGCUAAAUCAAACUCUAUUUUCAUCUCAAUUUUUUAUUACUUACAACUAAUUAAUCUUUCUUGUAUUGUAUUGUUUGUUUGGAAAAAAUGGCAACGCUCACAAUGUUAUUGAAAAAUGUGGCUGAAAAAUUCCCUACCCGCAACGCAGUAUCUGUUUCGGGAAGAUUCAUCGUCACGCAUAAAAGGCUACAACAACUUAUCGAACAAGCCGCGUCUCUACUCGUUGCUGCUGGUAUUCAGCCCGGUGAUGUAGUCGCUCUCACAUUUCCCAAUACUAUCGAGUUUGUGGUUAUGUUUCUAGCUGUGAUUCGAGUUCGAGCCACAGCAGCGCCAUUGAAUUCAGCGUAUAUGCCUGAAGAAUUCGAGUUUUAUUUAUCAGAUUCUGAGUCUAAACUGUUGUUAAUUGCGAAAGAAGGAAAUAAGGCAGCUGAAGCAGCGGCUGCAAAGCUCAAUAUUACUCGGAUUAAGGUGUCUGUGCCCAGUUCCGAUUCCGAUGUGAUUCUCAGCCUGAGUAUUCCGUUAUCAGAUUGUGAUUUGGUUUCUGAAAUUGUGAAUGAUCCAUCCGAUGUUGCACUUUUUCUACAUACAUCAGGCACUACCAGCAGACCAAAAGGCGUUCCCAUAACACAGCACAAUUUAGUAUCAUCUGUGAACAAUAUUAAAUCGGUUUACAAACUCACUGAAUCGGACUCUACAGUAAUCGUCUUGCCACUGUUUCAUGUUCAUGGGUUGAUUGCGGGAUUACUGAGCUCGCUUGGUGCUGGAGGAUCUGUAACGCUCCCUGCUUCUGGUAGAUUCUCUGCUUCAUCUUUCUGGUCUGAUAUGCUCAAGUCCAACGCCACUUGGUACACCGCGGUGCCUACCAUUCACCAGAUCCUAUUAGACCGUCAUUUCAGCAAUCCAGAGUCUUCUUACCCGAGACUCCGGUUCAUUAGGAGUUGUAGUGCUGCUCUUGCACCAUCCGUAUUGGCACGGUUAGAGGAAGCAUUUGGUGCGUCUGUUUUAGAGGCAUAUGCAAUGACAGAGGCAACACAUUUGAUGUGUUCAAAUCCAUUACCAGAAAAUGGUCCACAUUUGCCAGGGUCAGUAGGGAAGCCAGUGGGCCAAGAAUUGGGGAUAUUGAAUGAGAAUGGUGUGGUACAAGGGGCUAAUGAAAAAGGGGAAAUUUGCAUUAGGGGUCCAAAUGUUACAAAAGGAUAUAAGAAUAAUCCUGAGGCUAAUAAAUCUGCUUUUCAAUUUGGUUGGUUUCAUACUGGAGAUGUGGGAUUUUUGGACUCUGAUGGAUAUUUGCAUUUGGUUGGAAGGAUCAAGGAGUUGAUCAACCGUGGAGGGGAAAAGAUAUCUCCAAUUGAAGUGGAUGCAGUCCUUGUUUCUCAUCCAGAGAUUGCUCAGGCUGUUGCUUUCGGAGUUCCUGAUGACAAGUAUGGUGAAGAGAUAAACUGUGCUGUCAUUCCACGUGAAGGGUCAAAGAUAGACGAAGGAGAUGUGUUAGUAUUCUGCAAGAAAAAUCUAGCAGCCUUUAAGGUUCCCAAAAGGGUGUUCAUGACUGAUUCUCUACCAAAAACUGCAACUGGAAAAAUUCAGCGACGACUUGUUGCAGAGCAUUUCCUUGCACAGAUCUCAACUGCUAAAGUGCCUAAGUUUGGAGCUUGAAAAUGAUACAUACUAUCAAUCUCUCAAAUAAUAAUUAUUAACAUAUGAUUUUUACUGGCAAUAUUAUUUUUUCUAGGCACAUUAGAAGUUCCUUUUCCUUGUAAAAGUGAACAUUAAACACAGUGAUAUUCUUACAAUGAAUUUUUAGACUUGUACAAUUUAAUCUGUAAGAAAACUGCCUAUAGCAGACAGUAGUAAUAAACUUUACAACAUAUCUUGCAA